ACUCUCCGUGAUUCAGAUCGAGUAGAUCAGUGGAGAACGGUUGGUCAGAACUCAACAUCAGGGAAAAACACGGAUCCUAUCAGCGCGUCCGCUAAUUUGCCUUUAACAUCGUGACACAGUUUGGCAAACAAAAAUGCAACUCUUGAUUCCUUUCUUCUGCGUUUGCUGUAGCUUCUUAGUUCCAUCUAUAAUAGCAAAAGCUGUUCACCCGGCAAGAGUCUUCAACGAAUCAUCAUAUCCUUCCAAUCACAUGCCGAUAGUGAAGGGUUUGCAACAGGUUUUUGGCGUAUCGGAUGGUCACAGACAAAGGCAGCUACCCUCGCCACCGCAGUACAUGUUAACGCUUUAUGCCGUCGUGGCGGAUAACAGUGGCGUCGUUAAGGCACCUAAUCCGUACGGUGCCAAAAUCAUCCGCAGCUACACCGAGAAAGAAUCGGGACGAAGAAAUUACUUUUCGUUUAGUGUGUCUGGAGUGGAAGCAAGCGAAACGUUAAUCGAAGCCGAGCUUCAUUUGUACAUCCUCAGGAGUGAAGUUACCAUGUUGCGCGAGGUUCGCGUGUAUCAGAUACUGGAUUCACAUUCGACCGAGCAACCAGAAAAGCAUCGCUUGAUCGACGUCCAACACUUCGUUAACACUUCCAGUGAAGGCUGGCUAAUUUUUCGAGUAAAGCAAGCUGUGCAUGUUCAUUCACUCGAAAAUCCUGCAUCAAACCGCCUGAGGUUUUUCGUGACGGCUAUAUCUGUGAUGAGACAGCCUAUUGUUUUACACGUGUCGAGACGCAGAGAUCGACACACCAACCGUCAACCUGUCUUAGUCCUUUUCAACGAUGACACGUCUAGCACCUCUAUCAGCCAGUUAGACACGGGGAAUGAUUCUACAUCGGCAUCAGACUCACGAGAAAAGAAAAACCAUGAAAACGGCCUAGUGCGUCAACGGCGAGAAAUUGUUUUGUCUACUCACAAGCACGAACCAUUCGAGAAGGUAACGACGCAUCGUCAACGAGAACACCAUCACCGCCGUCAUGCGGUUCACACGAGCGAAUGCCAUCGGCAGGAGCUAUAUGUCGACUUCGAAUCGAUUGGCUGGUCCGAAUGGAUCAUCGCACCCAAAGGCUACAACGCAUAUCAUUGCACGGGCGUUUGUUCGUUCCCCCUUGGUCAAAGUCAAAAGCCCACCAACCAUGCUACCGUCCAAUCAAUCGUACAUGAAAUGAAUUUGACCAAAUCAGUGGCCCUUCCUUGUUGUGUUCCCAAUCGACUGCUAUCUCUCUCGCUAUUAUAUUAUGACGAAAAUGACAAUGUCGUUUUAAAGCAGUAUGGUGAAAUGGUAGCCGACAGCUGCGGAUGCCAUUAAAACCAUUCGCUACAGUCACUUAUUCCCUUCUGUACAGUAAAUCACUGAAAGACCCGUCCUCAUAUUUCUUUCAUCUUUCCAUUUAACCACAACUCAUUUCACUGUGCUAGCCUUCCCUUCAGGUGUUGCCUUAUUACACGCUUUUUUGCUCGGAGAAUGAAAAUCAAACACAACCUGUUUAGCUGUAACGAAGAAGUGGUGAGGCAAACCAACGAAUCCUCAGCAUCCCGCCGAAUCCUCAGCAUCCCGCCUUCAGUUUUUUGCUCCCUGAACCCGGAGAAAGGAUCCCCACAAUAUUUCAGGAAAAUUUCCAUGUGGAGGGCGUUCAUGAAGAAAUACUGCAUGAUUCUAAGCAGUAGUAGGUGUCCUGAACGAAACUCGUCGACUCCAUCGCCACACAAUCUUCACUCGUAAAGCGACCUCGGAGCAAAUCAAUAUGGAAAUGUCACACGGCAAUUGUUUGAUAGUUGUUCUACUUACUGUUUUGGGGUUCAUUAAUUUUUUCUACAUUCUUCAUGUUUAAUUUAAAGCAACGAAGCAUCUUGAGAACAAAUAGGUAAUGAACGUUUUUCAA